GUUGGCUUCCGAUCGAGAAACAGUUUCUGAUAGAGUUAAAACAAUUACGCCAUCAUGCUCCAGCUGUGCACUAUCUACGCCUGCGCCAACGGGACUCUAGGCCUGAACUUGAGUCGCGCCCCCUGGGACCCCUAUCCGUGGGUCAGCGGGGUGCAGUCGAAGUCGAAUGCGGAGCGCGGCGGAGUCCGGCUGGGCGACACACUGCUGGAGCUCAAUGGAGCCGAUGUCCUGGGAUUAAGGAUCAGCGAGCUGGCCGGCCGGCUGCAGGAGCACUGGCAGAGCGGCGCCGAGCACGUGACCCUGAUGAUGUGGCGCCAGCAGGCGAGCAUCGCCCCGAAUGAGGAUCCCGCGGAGGCAGCCCACGCUGUGCAGCAUGGAAUUAAUCAACAAUCGCUGCAAAAGUUUGCAACAUGCCUGCAACAUAUUUCCCAAUUACUGGAGUGUCCUGUGUGCCUUGAGGUCAUCAAGCCACCUGGCUGGCAGUGCUGCAACGGACACGUGCUCUGCAAUAAUUGCCGCAGCCGCUCCGUGAAGUGUCCGGUGUGCCGGGUUCCUCUGGGACCGCGAGGUCGCUGUCUACUGUCGGACAAAUUAUUCACCCUGCUGGCGGAGAGCUUUCCCUGCGACGGCGGGAAAACCAGCAAGGUGACUGCGGCCCAGGGCUAUGAAAAACUGAGCAGCGUCAACAAGUGCACAAAUGAAUAUCAUAAUCAACCGAAAAUGGCGUUGGCCAAGUCGAAUUCCGGCAAGAAGCAGGGCAAGCAGAUCUCCAGGCAACUGUCGGUCCUGCCGGUUGUGGCGGAGCCAAUGCCAAAGGGACCUGCUCCGGCGGAAAGUGCUCAAGCUCCGAGUGAUGUCGCCCACGAAUCCGGUGGCAGCCGGGGCACGGAGCACUGCUCGCUGAUAAAAGUGCAGCAGCACCAGCCGGAGACUUUCGAGGAAGGUCACAACAAUAUGCUCGUUAAACCAAAGUUAAAGUUUGGCAAGAAAAGUUGGCGGAUUGCGGGGCCAGAUGAAGACGGAUUGCGCUGCGAUGGAGUUGCCACCACGAAUAAUGGACAGCGCAUCGCCGACGAGCAGGUGGAGAGCGAGUCUCAGAAUUAUCAUUGCCCCACUGGGAAAUCAUGCAGCAACCACCAGCAGCCGCUGGCCAACAAAUUGUCAACAGUCGCGUUGCAGUUGGGACAGACUUCCGCAGGAUCAGGAUCUGGAGUGGGAGCUGAGACCGGCGCCUUAUCAGCGGGGAGCCAUAAACAGGCGGCAGCAUCCGGCAUAAAUCAGGGGCUAGAUGCAGUGCACCAGGAGUGGCAGCUGCUGCGCCACCUCAGCGGAGAGCACCGCCUGGCUGUGGUCCAGUUCUGCGGCACGUUUGGCCGGAGGCUGCACGUGAGGCCCCCGCCACCGCAGGAGGGCGUGGUCUGUUUGAAGAUGAGCGAGGACCUGGAAAUGAACACAGACCCGAACCUGGUGCAUCCAUUUUUCUUGGCUGUCAUACCGAUCGGCGGCAACGAGCACGCCGUCUUCCUGUGGCACCUGGACCAGGCGCCGCUAGGAGGACCCGUCGGGCGGUCCAACUUUGAGGCUGUUAUCGAGGCUCAGGGCGAGGGCGUCAAGUGGUUUGGUCCAGUUCAGUCGCUCCGACGCAGUUGGCCCGAGAUUAGGGCGUCCGGGGAGUUCCUCAGCUGCCGCAACUUGGGCGCCAACUUUGAGGUGACAAUCAAGAGCAGGUAAAACUGUGCCCACCCCGCCGCAAGACUGGCCCCCAAAGUAUUGUUUAGCGUUAGUGUUAGUUAUCCUUAACAGCUUUAAGCAAAAUAAGACUACUUCUAGUUUUAGUGAUUGCCUGGCUCUGGACGAGCGGCGAUAGAGCAAACCAAAAUGUAGCAAAAAUAAA